AUGUUCUCUUUUCUUGCACCUCUGCUCCUUUUAACGAGCCCGGCUGUCGGGGCGCUAUCUAUUGCACCGGAUUCCUUUAUUUUGGAAGCAAGAUCUUGUUCGCAGUCUGAAGCUCAGGGGAACGCCUCGACAUGCUAUCCCGAGUACAUCAAGAUCAAUCCCAUAUCUGGGCUUCAGAUCAUUUCUAUUGAAGCCAUCGCUAUAUUCAAUGCCACCACUACCCCAAACUUUCCGAACUCCUUUCCAGCCUCUGCGAACAUCACUGGCAUAAACUACUGCAACGUUACAGUUACCUCGCGGCAUCCAGGAUAUCAGGAAGCUGGUAUCAAGACAUCGGUCUAUCUGCCCCUGAAUAAUUGGAACGAGCGCAUGAUGGGCAUCGGUGGCAGCGGUUUCAGCGCAGGGAAUCAGUUGGACCGGGUUCUGACGCCGCUGUCCCAAGGCUUUGCCACUGUGUCCACCUCGGCCGGAGUUUCCAGGAACACAAUGCAAGAUAGCGCUGAAGUUGCCAACUCAGACUUUUGGGCUCUUCGCAGCACGGGAAACGUGAAUGUUGAGGCUCUGUCGGAUUUUGGAUACCGAGCAUUGGGAGAUGCUGCUGAGAUCGGCAAGUCUGUCAUCGAAAACUUUUACAAGAAGCCAGCCAAAUUCCGUUACUGGAAUGGCUGCUCCACCGGAGGCAGACAGGCACUCAUGCUUGCCCAGCGGUAUCCGAAGGCGUAUCACGGCCUGCUGGGCAGCUGUCCGGCGAUCAACUGGGCGCGUUUUCUCUCCGCCGAUAUCUUCCCUCAGAUUAUCAUGAAGAACAUCACCAAUGGGGGACGAGUACCCGCUCCGUGCGAGUUCCGUGCCAUCACAGCUGCGGCCCUUGAGGCAUGUGACAGUCUAGACGGAGUGAAGGACGGCUAUGUGAUGGAUCCUUCAAAAUGCGAAUUCAAGGCUGCCACGGUCCUAGGCAAGAAAAUCGCAUGUCCCGAGUUACCGAGUGGAAAUACUACAAUUUCUGAAGCUGCUGUGAAAGCGGCCGAGGUCGCAUGGGCAGGUUAUCACACAGUAGAUGGAACUUGGCGAUACUAUGGUGUCAGUCAUACGACCAACAUUACAACAGGUGGUACUUUGCUAGACACAAAAUGCGACAAUACUGGGAACUGCACUUUUUCACCCUUCCCUAUUGCGGCGAACUGGGUGAAGAACUUCUUGAUGAAAGACCUUCAGGCUGACCCCAUGUCGCUCACGCAUAGCCAGUUCGAUCGUCUCUGGCAGCUCUCUGUACAAGAGUGGUCGUCAUUCAUGAGCACGGACGACCCAGGCCUUGACGCAUUUAGAGACACUGGUGGGAAACUCAUGACGUGGCAUGGGCUUGAUGAUAUUCAGAUUCAGGCUGGGGGCACCGAGGAGUAUUACAAGCGCGUCCUGGCGGUGGACCCCAAGGCUGCCGACUACUUUCGAUUUUUCCAAGUGCCUGGAGUGGGACAUUGCUCAGGAGGAUUCGGGGCCUAUCCUGGAACGUCAUUCCAGUCCUUGAUGGACUGGGUGGAAAGAGGCAUUGCACCAGAGACGCUCUAUGGAAAAACCAGCGGUGGGGCAGAACGGCCAAUCUGCCUCUACCCCAAGAAGGUCUCAUACCUUGGUGGCAGGACUGAUAAUAUCAACUCGUUUCAAUGUGUCUACGCUGUUAUCCUCGCUGGGGCUUCAAGUGCCCCCUACCCUCAAGGUCGCCUCAUAGCCAGCACCGCCAAGACACACACGUUUUUCAUCUCUGGUGUUACAUCGCGACGUUCUGAUGGCUCCCUUGGUGGGGUACAGACCGCAAGCGAUGGCACUGUAACUCUGAGCAUCGAGGAACAGACAUCCGCUGCGCUUGAGAAUAUCGACGCCAUCAUCAAACAAGCAACGAAAGGAAAGGGCGGGCUCGAAAAUGUCAUUGAUGUCACCGUCUUUCUCACCAACCUGGGCGCGGACUACGCCGGGAUGAAUAGAAUCUGGAUCAAGGCUUGGCCUAACCGUGAGGGUGCCCCAGCAAGGACCUGCGUGGGUGUUAAGGAGUUGCCGAGUCCAAAUCUCCUGGUUGAACUUAAGGCGACAGCUCUUAUUGAAGACAACUAA